CGAAAUAGUUAGCCACUAACAAUGGCUAGUGUUUCAUCACUAUUCUAUCCCUCUCUUUUCCUCCUACUCUUCCUCGCCUCUCUCCAUAUCCAAUUCCCUAAUCUUUUCAGCUUCUCUUUUUCUUCUUCUUCUUCUUCCACUCAACAUAAGAAGGUGCAAAACUAUGAAAAAUUUGGGCAGAUUGAGGAAGGAUUGGCAAGAGCUAGAGCAGCUAUACGUGAAGCAGCUAAAAGACGGACUUAUAUUUUCUAUGAAAAUGGGAGUUUCAUUCCAAGAGGAUCUGUCUACAGAAAUCCUUUCGCCUUUUAUCAGAGCCACAUAGAAAUGCAGAAGAGGUUCAAAAUAUGGGUGUACAAAGAAGGAGAGCCACCAUUAUUUCACAGAGGACCAAUGAAAGAAAUAUACUCCAUUGAAGGGCAAUUCAUUGAUGAAAUGGAAAGUGGAGAAAGUCAUUUCCUUACUAAAAAUCCUGAGAAUGCCACAGCCUUCUUUCUUUCUAUCAGCAUAGCUAAGAUAGUCAAAUACGUUUACAAUCCAAGAUGCAGUUGUGGUUCUCGUUGGCUGCAGAAUAUUUUUGUUGAUUAUGUUAACGUUGUCUCCAACAAGUAUCCUUAUUGGAACAGAAGCAAUGGUGCUGAUCAUUUCUAUGUUAGCUGUCAUGAUUGG